AGUUACGUAAGUGUCUUUAUUAUCGUUCAAAUGGAAGCUGUAGCAGAAAAGUUGACAAGAUCAAAGAACAUGUCUGAAGAAUUGUCUGGAGUUACUUUUGUUAUAAUAAUCGGAAUGGGAACUCUUACUGUACUAUUAUUAUUUAUAUUUGCAAAACGACAAAUUCAACGAUUCGCUCUUAGAUCAAGAAGAGGACCCCAUAUACCAAUAGGACAUGAUGGGUCAAAAGUUCUUAAACGCGAAAUUGAGCGGAGAAUAGAUUUAAUUAAGAAAAUAGAAUGUGAACCAGAGCUGAUUACAAAGUCUGAUCCAAGGUACAUAGUGUGUCCAGGGCAACAAAUUCCAGCACACUACUAUAGAUUAAAAGCUGUGGAUGAUGUUAAGAUUUUAGAACAUGAAAUUACAAAGCAAGACAACUGUCUAUUCAGACAUCCUAGUGAAAAUUUACGAGCUUACCUUUUAACAACAUUAGCAGCUCCAUUAAAUGGUAGUGGACAAAGACUGAUACAUGAAUUUUGUGAUAUGUAUGAACAUGCUAGACAUGAUCCCAAUCAUUUUGGAGAUGAAGAGUAUCAACAAUAUAAUAGACUACUAUUAAAGUUAAUUGAUGCAGCCAAACUUCUUAAGUCAUAUAAUACAAGUAGAAAAUCAUCACCAAAUCGUACACCCCAAAGAAGACAUGCAGCUGAAAGAAGAAAUAUGCAUUCCCACUAUAAUGCUGAAGAUGAAAUACUUAGUGUUUCAGAACGUCUUGACUCAAGACCAACCUCUUUAUCUAUCCUAGCUUCUGCAGAUGAUGAAACAUCUGUCUAAUAUAUAUAAAUAUGUUGUAUAAUAUACAACUUUUUAAUUUAAGGAUAUUUUUUCUUGUAAUUAUAUUUCAUAUAUUAAAGUAAUAUAUGUAUCAUAUAACCUU